CUUUGUUCUCGGUGGAGUGUUUUUUUUUCUCUUGAUGAAAUCUAUUGAAAAUUAUAACGAAAAACUAUUAUACCCCAUAAAAGUUUUCCCAAUAAAAUAAAAACCCAAUAGUCAUUGAAUUUAAAGUUUCUGAAUAGAUUUUUCAUCCUAAAAAAGUGUUGUAAAAAUUCUAGCAAAACAAAAUUCAAACAAUAAAAAAAAAACCAACCCAACUUAUUUUAGCUUUUAUAUUGCACACAUGCGAGAAUAGCAAAGCUAUAUAUUCAAAUAUAUAUCGUGUACCAUCCCACCAAAAAAAACAACAACUUGUCAAAAAUAAUCUUGUUGUCUCUACCUCUUCGUCACCCACAAAACAAACGUGAAGAAAAAGAAAAACCAUACUCUAUCGUCUUUCUGAUUGACAUUUGUGUGCGCGAAAGAAAGAAAAAGAUAUCUAAUCGAAUCAAAUAAUAAUCAAAAAAAAAAAAAAAAAUCAAGUGAAAUCCCCGAGUGUAAGCUGCUACUGUGAGAGGACAGGAUCUUGUUUGUCCCAAAAUUACAAUAAAAAAUUAACUAAACUUUUGCUCUACGGAAGUUCGUGACUCUUUGAAACCAAUACAACGGUGCAAGGUCGUCGUGUUCGAGAAAAAAAAGUGCUGUCAGCUCGAUAUUCUUCUUCGUAAGCCACAAAAAUCACACAGGAAAAAACCUCAACUCAACAACUUAAUACUAAAACCAGAAAAAUGGUUGACUACUAUAAAACACUAGAAGUUAUACGCACAGCCAAUGAUGUAGAAAUCAAGAAGGCCUACAGAAAACUAGCACUCAAAUGGCACCCCGACAAAAAUCCAGACAACUUGGAGGAAGCCAAUAUUCGUUUCAAAGAAAUCUCGGAGGCCUACGAAGUGCUCUCGGAUGAGAAGAAACGCCGCAUCUACGAUCAAUAUGGCAAAGAAGGGCUCAUUGGCGAAGGUCAAAGAAGUAGACCAUCUCGCAGAUACCAAGGCGGUAUGCACGAGUUCGAUGAGUACGACAUUAUGGGCGGGUUCCCAUUCGUAUUCCGGCCUCCGGACGAAGUUUUCCGUGAGUUUUUCGGAGUUAAUUCGCCUUUUGCGGAUUUGUUCCGCGAGGUACAUAGCACACAUCAUCCGGGACGCCGACAUGGAAGCAAUGGUGGACACCAUCAUCGUUCGGGAGGCGGUCCCGGUCAUCGUCAUUCGCAUCCGGCGCAAAAUAACAUGAUGACGUCGUUUAUGAGUCCUAUGGUUGGGUAUUCAAUGAUGGACUUUUUGAUGCCAUCGAACAGCUUCACCUCCUUCUCGUCGAUGAACGGGGCUAUCGGUGGGAGUGUGACACCGAGUGGUGCCAUUAAAAGAACCUCAACAUCGACCACCUUUGUGAAUGGUAAAAAAAUGAUGACCAAGAGGGUGAUCGAAAAUGGAAGAGAAACCGUUUUGAGCUACGAAAACGAUGUCCUUAAAUCAAAGACUGUGAAUGGGGUUGCACAGAAUCUCUCGUCGAUAGCAAACUGAAAGAAAGAAAGGUACAAUAUGUAAUUUGUGAUGUUACGAGAUCGCGAUAGAUAAAAGAGAGAAGAGAGUGAUGAGUCAUUUAUAUAAAAACAAAAUUAUUAAAACAACCCACAAGUCAACUAAAAAAAGAUUUAUUAAAAAAAAAAAACUAAAAAUAUAAAUGUAGCUAUAAACGGAUAAAUAAUAAUAAUCAAAUCAUUAAUAAAUACAAAAAAAUAUAUAUACAUAUAUCACACACACACAAAAUAGCAAAUAAUUGUAAUCGCGUGCGCUAUUUAUAUAGCGUUUUAUUAUUAUUAAUAAUUAUUAAACCUAAGUAACAGUACUAUUAUA